AUGGUGCAAUCCAAGCCCAGCGAGAGCUGGGGUGGCCUCGACAGUCUGAACUCCACCUCGGGCCAGCUGUACGAGCAGAUCCGGCACGUGCUGGACUCGGCCGACCUCCCGCACCUGGAGCGCCUGGCCCUGGCCGCCCGCAGGCGCGCCGACGCGCACCUCGAUCAAACGGUCGCCUGCUCCAUAGACCCCUCCGUAUUCUCCUAUGGCUUCAACAGCGUGGUCUUCGAGGUCGCCUUCUCGGACGGCGUGUACUGGGUCGCAAAGGUGCAGCACGCGCCCCUGGACGACGACGACGUCGUCUACGCGCUGAGCGAGAUCGCGACCGUGAGGCUGGUUAGGGAGCGGACGACUAUCCCCGUCCCACGCGUGUUUGGGCACCAGAUGCGGCCGUCGGGGGGGGAGGGCGAGUUCGGGUUCCCGUUCAUCCUGAUGGAGUUUAUGCCGGGGCGGGACGUCGGGGGCCCACUCGCGCGAGACGUCCCGGUAGAGUUCCUGUCCAAGGUUGCCGGGCAGCUGGCGGACGUCCUGUCCCAGCUGGAGAGCAGGCUUUCUUUCCCGAGUAUAGGUAUACUGUGGUGCGGUGAUGACUGUGACGCGCCGCCCGAGAUUAUCCCCCUGCCUUCUAAAGACUAUGACGGCUCCCUCGACAAUUCUAGCUCGCCACAGACGUCGCUGGAGUGGUUCUACAACCAGAGGCAAGAGGAGAAUGAGGAGGUCAUGCAGAAUCACCCAGACGACCCGGAGUGGAAUACCGCCUGCUGGGUUCUUAAAGACGCCCUGUCCCACAUCAUCGCCGGGGACAGGGUCCGUGGGCCAUUUCCGCUCUGCCACAUGGACUUCCACCACGGAAAUCUCCUCUUUGACGAAGAGUUCAACCUCACGGGCGUCAUAGACUGGAGCAUGGCGCAGACGGUGCCCCUGGAGCGCCUGGCCGUGUCGCCAGAGUUUAUAGCCGGCCCGUUCUUCCCGCAGGAGCACAAGGACGGUGUCGCCAGGCUCUUGGGCUUCAUGAGGGAGUCCCUGCGGGACAUGCAGCAGGACUCGAGGUCUGGAGGGGUCACGGGUGGCCACGACCGGGCGAAUCCUAAGCGCCGCUGUGGUCGCGACGCUGAUGAGGAAGUUGAAGAAGAUGACGCGGGUGGGGAUGGGGCCGGUCUGCACGGCGCUGAGCAGACCACACUUGCUGACAUUUUCGGGACGGUGCAAGCUGAGAUCGCAAACAGGUGUGCGCUCAGCAACCCGCGUGUGGCCUUGCCGUACGGCCGAGCGGUUCAGGAGCUUGUCUACGGUCAGCAUGUCUCGUGGGAGCAAAUGGUGCUAGCCUUUGGCGAAAAGAAAUUGCAUUGA